GAGACGCCACAUGCACCCUCCCCUGACUACACCAACCACAUCACAGAAAUCUCACUGGAUUUCGUGACAGAUUUACAGUUGAGCCGUCCACGUUUUUGGCUGGCUUUGUAGAGGACCAGGAAGCAGUCCCUCGCUCUGGGUCAGUUUAUUCUGUGUGGGGUGGAGGGACACGAUGGCUGUGAGUGGGUUUGACAUGGAAGCUCCUCGCUGGGAUCAGUCCACCUUCAGCGGCCGGCUGAGGCACUUCUUCAACAUCACGGACUGGAGGACAGCCCUGCUCCCAGACGCUCGGCUGGAUGAGGCUAAAGCACUGGUGGAGGGCUGCAGGGCCGGUUCGGUUCCCCCCGGCACCACAGAGGAACAGCUUCACUACGCCAAGAAGCUGUACGAUUCUGCGUUCCACCCAGACACCGGGGACCGCAUGAACCUGAUAGGACGCAUGUCCUUCCAGGUCCCUGGAGGCAUGGCCAUCACAGGCUGCAUGCUGCAGUUCUACAGGACAGUUCCUGCUGUGGUGUUCUGGCAGUGGGUCAACCAGUCCUUCAACGCUCUGGUCAACUACACCAACCGCAACGCAGCCUCUUCUAUCAGCUCCAGGCAGAUUGGAGUGGCCUACUUCUCAGCUACCAGUACUGCUCUGGCUACUGCAGUGGGGCUUAAUCUCUACACAAAGAAAGCUCCUCCCCUUGUGGCACGCUGGGUUCCGUUCGUGGCAGUGGCAUCCUCUAACUGUGUCAACAUCCCCAUGAUGAGGCAGCAGGAGCUCCUGAAUGGCGUGGCUGUGACAGAUGAUAGCGGUGCCAGGCUGGGCCAGUCCAAGAAGGCAGCUGUGAAGGGCAUCACACAAGUGGUCAUUUCCAGGGUCGUCAUGGCAGCGCCGGGAAUGAUCAUCCUCCCCAUCAUCAUGCAGAGACUUGAGAAACAUCCCUUCAUGCAGAGGAUCACGUUUCUCCACGGGCCCCUACAAGUGAUGAUGGUUGGAGUUUUUCUGGUGUUCAUGGUGCCAGCUGCCUGCUCUGUGUUUCCUCAGACAUGCUCCAUGGCUGUGUCGAAACUGGAACCGGAGCUGAGAGACUCCAUCUUGCGUCGCUAUGGAGACAGUGUUCAGUAUGUCUACUUCAAUAAGGGCCUCUGAAGACGUCCACAUCAGCCAUGUCCCUGGAGACACAGAGACACUCUCUGAUAUUAUCUUGACACACGUUUACGCAUGUAGCAGAUGCUUUUAUCCACAGCCUCUGACACACACUGAGUCUAUGAGGUUUAACUUCAAAACUACUGUUGACCAAUCUGACAGGCUGGUGA